UAACAUCUAUGUUCGGCCUAAAAUACUGCUCAGAUCACAUCACUUCUCUGAUCAAAAACCCUCAGCCCCACGGCCAGCGGAAUUAUGUGCAGGCUCUUCGGGGUAACCAUGCUCUCCCCACUAGCCCCCUUCAAUCUGCUUUUGGCCAGCUGGACCUCUUGCUUUUCCGGCGGUCUGGGUCACCGGAACUGGAGCGUGCCCUCGCGCCAUCAGAGGGGAGGUAAACUUCGAUUACCUGCACCUGCAGUGCUCCCUCCCCACCUGGCUCUCCACCGCUCCCCCAUCCUGGCCGCAUGUUGUCCCGCCUUAGAGGCUCCCCGUGCCUGGUUCCAUCACAGCACCUUUUCUUCUCUGGUGGCUGCUGAGCUCAAGACUGUGCCAUCCUCCAAGGUUCAUGCGCUUUUCCAACCAAGUCCGCUGUGCUACCCGUGUAAAAACCUAAGACAAAACCGGAAUGAAGGUGUUUCCCCAAAGUUUCAACCUCUGAGACUCAACACACACUCCAAGGGAGAAGAAGGCCCAGCGGGCGGGGAGGAUUCGGACGGCGAGCAUUUCGCUCCCUUCGGCUUUAGAAGCCGCCCUACGGCGGGGUAAAGAGGCCGCCAGUAGCGGACGGGGGCGGGCCCGGGCGCGGCGGGCCCAGUGAGAGGCGCGCCCUGUCCCGGCGCGGCCCAAUGGGGACACCUAAGCCCGCCCCCCCGGGCUGCUCGGUGUUGCUGGAGAAUCGGAAGGUGUGCGCGGUCCCCAACCCUCUGCAAACUCCACCUCUGGGGACAACGAUGGGUCCGGCGCUAGAAGCUCCGCGUGGGCCUGCCUCAGCGUGCAGGGCUGGGCUUCCCCGAGCCAUGCCAGCCAGCAGACCAGGGCACUGGGCUCUGGGAUUUGGCUGCCAGGCUGGGGUGCAGAUGGGCAGGCACGUGCCCCGGGCUGUCUCUGUGGACCUGGAGCCUGCCGUCAUAGGAGGGUCCUGGGGGCUUCCUGUGCUGAGGAGGAGGCUGGUCCAUCAGCUCUGCCUGGAAACUGCCAGAUGUAUGGAGUAAGAACUGGCAUUUGCAGGCAGCUGCCCAGGCCACUACACUGUGGGGAAGAUCAUCGAUCUGGUGCUAGAGCGAAUCUGAAAGCCAGUGAGUGGAUCUAGUGCCCGGGGCACCUGCAGCAGAUUGGUGUGACCAUCACCGCCUUCCCUGGCCCGGGAGACUGGCCAUGUGUAGAAGGAAGGGAAGCCACAGACCUAUGGCUUUUCUGGUGUGGAUGGGGUCCCCACAUUCCCCUGGCCUGUCUGCCCAGUCAGCUUCCCCUAGGGGAGCUGUGGGCCUCGGGUGUGGACCUAGGGUUAGAAGUCAGUAGCCGGCUCCGUCUGCGUUUGUGCACGCGGGCCUCUGCCCUCAUGGUUCACAGCUUUCCAGGUCUAAUCCAGGCCUUCUCUGAACUUCGGUCCAGCUCUAGCCCUGGCUCCUCCGGCAGCCUGGCUUGUUCUGAGACUUCUGAGCAGAGCUCUCCUGCUGGCAGAGAUUCCUUCUUGGCUUUCAGCCAUUGUCCAGUCCCAUCCUCACCGGAGGCCCUGGAAACCUGGAGCAAGGCCAGCUAGGAGCCAGGACUUUGGCACUGGCCCUCCGCGAAUUGUCCAGACAUCCUCUGCUGCCCGGUAGAGACAGGACUUGCAGGGGACCUGAGGAGUGGGAGUCUGCGUGAAAACAAAACAAAGCACCCCCUAGGCUUGGGCCUGUCUUAAAAGGAGAGUUUUUAAAAAUCAAUUUGCGUGAAGCCUGCUUUUUUUAAACUUAUGUUUAUUGAGGUAUAAUUGACAUGUAAUGUUAGUUUCAGGUGUACAAUGAUUUGACAUGUAUAUGACUAAACGGAGAAUUUUUAGUGUCUCUACCCAUGUGUCUGGUGUAGACUGAUGAUUUUUUAGUCCAGGAACAACUAUAUCAGAAUCUCCCAGGGCAUCUGUUGGACCUGCAAGUUCCUGGGUUCCAGCCUCAGGUGGGGCUGGGGAAUCUGCUCAACAAGAUUCUGCCGCCACCACUCCCGCCCUCCUGCAACUAGGUAGCAAAGUGACAAAGCUGAGAGGGCCCAGCUCUGUCCCGCAUCCCACCUGACCCUGUCUCCCCUCCCCUUACCCUGCCUUCUCACACACACAACGCUGCAUUUCUCGGUCAGCCGUCUCCCAAGAACUCUGAGCCCCUUAUAGAUAUUCUCUAGCCGCCUUUAUGUUGCUGAAGCAUAAGAGCAUGAGAAGUUUCUGGAGUGGUGGAUAUUUAUCUUGAUAUGGAUGUACCCUUGUCAAGUCAUUCAUGGCACAUACAAUAAAAUAUAUAUACUUAGCUACCAAUUAUGCUUCAAAGUUGUUGUUGUUGUUUGUAAAUACAGAGGGAAUACAGU